CCUUUUGUUUCCUUCAUUAGGAAUUGUUAAUUCUUUUUUAGAUGACGGUUCACAAAAUACUGCAUUUAUUUCUUUUAAUCAUGAUAAUAUUAGUCAAUAUUGUGUUGACAAUUAUGAUAAAUUCUUUCCUGGCAGAUUUAUUUUUCCAGCUAUCUUAAUUGGAUAUUUACUUAGCACCAAUUCUAUUACUACAAAAUUAUCGUUUGUAAUUUGUAGUAUAUCUGUUUCCAGAUUAUUAGAACAUUUUGGUGACGAUCAACCUGAAAAAAUUAACACACUGGCCUCUUUUUAUAUGAAUUAUGGCUUAAAUAUGUGCGUGGGAGAUAUUAUACGAAGCAAAACAAAAAAGAUCUUAAAGGAUCUUAUAAAAAUUUUGAUAGUAAUAGCCGAUCGAGUUGAAUUUAAAACUGCAAAGAAAAUAAAUUAUAUAAAAAAAUCAGUGGAAAAACAGUUAGAAAUAUUCAGAGGAAAAUCUAAAGAUAUUGAAAAUUUAUCCAAAAUACACGAAAGUAUAAACAAUGUAAUAUGUACAUUAAAUAGUCAGAUGAAAAAAUUGGAGAAUGAUGCAAAAAAACAUAUAAAUUUUGGAAAAAAUGAAGCGAAUAAUAAUAAUGAUGAUAAAAAAUAUGAUCAAGAAUUUUUUAAAUUUAUAAAAAUGGACCAGGAGGAAGUGGUAAUAGAUGAAAUUGAUAUAGAAGCAAACAG